AUGGACGACAUACAGAUUACCGAGAGAGAGGCUGCCGCAAAGGACGAUGGAGUCAAGAUCACCACUCAGCUCCAUCCAACCCUAGAAGAGUAUGAACGUCUGUUCGGGGUUGACGAGGACGCAUACGAACAGCCCACGACCACAAGGAAGGAACUAUGGUCCUACUAUCUCUACUACAACGGUGAUAAUGGCGUCGGCCCGGGAUCCUACAGUCAAGCCCUCUUCCAAUGGGCCCUCAAUGGCGCCGGACAUCAACCGGACACGAAUCCGCCCAAGCCUUGCAGCGAUUCAUCGGCAUGUGUGUUACCAUGGGCAGGCGGCACGCGAUCUGUAGCUUCCGUGGUCCUCAUCGCAAAUGGUCUCUGCUUCGCAUUCAUGACGGUGAUCUUCGUGUGGCUCGGGAGUGCCGCGGACUACGGCACCUUUGGUCGAUGGCUUCUCUUGGCGUUGACGGUAGUAUGUUGGGCACUGCAAUACGGCAUGAUGGCCAUCCGGCAACCGAGUCAGUGGCCUGCGGCGAUGGGUAUGUAUGUGGUGGCGUAUGUUGCCUACGGCGCAACGCUAGUCUUCUAUGCUGCUGUCUUUCCCCGUUUGGCUCGCUAUACACCUCAUGUACGGAAGGCUAGGGAGGAGGAUUUGAGAGAGGGCAAGAUUGAGCAGGAGGAAUAUGAUGCCAUUGAGUCUUUGGAGAGGAAUCAUAUCAGCAAUAUCUCCACUGCGCACAGUAAUAUUGGAUACUUGCUCACACUCGUUCUCAAUCUGAGUGUCUUGCUUCCUUUGCAAAACAAUAGUUUUUCAAAUAACUUGGCACUUUGUCUUACCAACUCAUAUUGGGUCGUCCUUGGUAUCUGGUGGUUCAUCUUCCAACAGAAACGACCGGGCCCAAAGAUCCCCAAAGGCUCAAACUAUGCAACUAUCGGAUUCAAGCAGAUAUGGCUCGCCAUCAGAGAGAUCAGAUCGCUUCCUCAAACAUUUCUGUACUUUUUGGCCUACUUCCUGUUAGCAGACGGCCUGAACACAACUGGUACCCUCGUCAACAUCAUCCAGAAUGACUACGUUUCGUUUUCAUUUCUACAGAUCACCUAUCUCGGCAUCACCCAAGCUGUCUGCUCAAUCACAUCAACCUUCGGCUUUUGGUACAUACAACAGUAUUUCAAGUUCAAGACAAAGACCAUGUUCUUGUUCACCAAUUUCUUCAGCGUCCUCAUUCCGCUUUGGGGCAUGAUUGGAUUGUGGACGACUCGCAUUGGGUAUCAUAAUAUAUGGGAGUUUUAUUUUUACAACGUCGUUUUUGGACUGUUCCAAGCUCCAUACUAUGCGUACGCUCAAACAAUGAUCAGUGAGCUUAUGCCUCGCGGCUAUGACAAUAUGUUCUUUGCUCUAUUUGGAAUCACCAAUCGAGCUUCUUCAAUCAUUGGUCCGAAUGUCAUCCAGGCUAUCAUCAACAAUACGCGCAACAAUUGGAUGGGUUUCCCAUUUCUCUUUGCGAUCUGCGCCGGGGCCAUGGUCACUAUUGGCUUUGUCGAUGUAGAAAAAGGCCGAGAAGAUUGUCGAAAGUUCACCGAGCAGCGCAAGAUGGACCGCGUAGUGGCGGAGAGUGGACUAGAUGCUGAUGCUAUUGCGAAGGGGAAGCAAUCCGUUAAUAUUGAAGAUAUUCCCGAAUUGGGCAAUCGGCACGCGAGCAGUUCCGCGCUGGAGAAUUAG